UUCGAUUAUCUUCAGAAGAUUAUAAGUUUAUUAUGCAAUAUCAAGAUGAAAAACCUAAAUCUGAUGUUUUAAAGCAGUUAAAAGAAAGAUAUCCUAUGACAAAUAACCAUUUUUAUAAAAUUUGGAGAGGACAAGAAGAUA